AUGGAGGUGGACAGCGACAGCGAGGAGACGGUGAUUGCCAACAAAGAUGGUUAUCGGAUCCGCUCGGAAAACUCUUCGCGCAAUGCGACACCACCUCGCGAGCGACGACGGCGACUGCUCCUAUCGACGGACAGCGCCUUUGCCGAGACUGUGCUCCCUUCCCUCGUCCAGAGCCCAUACCUCGAACUGCGUUUGAUCACCGACGAACCCUCCGCCCUGCUGGCAGGCACGAAUAAAAUCCCGCACUACAUGGACACGGUGGAUAGUACAACGUUCGAUAAGAAGACGGGGGCACGGAAGUGGCUCAAGGCAAAGACGGCCGAACUCUGCGAGUGGGCCGACAUGUUGCUGGUUGCGCCCAUUGAUGCGGGCGCUUUGGGAUCGAUGUUGGCGGGGUUGACCAACACUCUGACCUUGGCGCUGCUGCGCGGCUGGGUCUCUGUCAAACCCGCCAUUUUGAUCCCCGGGAUGACCGUGUCCGAGUGGGAUCAUGCAUUGACUACUCGGCAACUUGACGAGAUCAACCGGUUCUGGCCGUGCAUUCGCAUUGUACAGCCGGUGCUCUGGAAGUCUAACGGGCCCGAAGAUUUGACACCGCUGCCUUGGGACGGCCUGGAGGAUCUACACAAAUCACUCAAGACUGGUCUAGAUUUACCACACUGGGACGUAUCCUCGACUAAAGACCCUGCUGGAGACAGCGAUACGAAUGCAGCUGAAUCUUCAAAACGAACUCGUGCAUCUGAGAGAGCGUCUAGCAAUGCCACCGCCGAGGCGCUGCGGCAUCUUCAAAAGCACUGGCCCAACCCGGAAACGAAAGUUUGUUCGCUGCCUUUUGAAAUCUGGCUGAAUGUCUUUGAAGACCAGUUAGGGGACUGGGAAACUGCCAAAGCAGUGGGCCUUCCGACCAACAUUCCCGUUCCCCAGGAGUGGCAGAGCCAUCUACUCAAAAUGUCCACGCCAGCUUCUUUGGAAUAUACGAUCUUGCGCGGUUCAUUUGCCGCUAUUAAGAAGCGAAUUGAUGCUCUGCCUCGAUGGAAACCACUAUCAGAUCUUGCCUGUCACCUUAUUGUGAAAUUUUCCCGCACCGAUAUCCUCUCUUACCUCACUGAAAACCACCUCGAUCUCCUUUGGACAACCUCCCGCCUUACAAACAUUCCAUACCGUGCAUCUGCGAUCUACGGAAACCCUACAGUCUUGACCUGGUGGCGCGAUGCCCCCGCUCUCCCCAACAAAGAAUACAUGGCCGAUGCCAUGGACGGCGCUUCCCGUGCCGGUUUCCUCCAUGUGCUGGACUGGUGGCUACACUCCGGCCUCCUGCUCAGAUACAGUGAGCGCGCACUCGAGUCCGCCAGUGCCGAGGGCCGUGUCGCAGUCCUGGACUGGUGGAAAUCAGCGUCCGCCAAUGCACCCUUUCUCAAACCCCUUCCACUCAAAGUGGGUAAGUCUGUUCUGCUGGCAGCACAGUCUGGGCGCGCCUCGUCUCUAGCAUGGUGGGACGCCUCAGGUAUCCCAUACAGCCACGCCGAAAGCGUCGCCCGAAUUGCUAGCACACACGGCCACGUCCACGUCCUCGACUUCUGGUAUAAGCUUAAAGGCCCCAAGAUGAUCUUUGACAACCAAGUCCUCGUCGGCCCAACCAAGAAUGGCCACGACCACGUGCUACAGUGGUGGAAAGACUGCGGUCUGCGAGUCGAAUUCAAAACCUGCGAUAUCGAAGAAGCGCUCGAAGACGCCGUCUCCGGGGCCGACCGCCGCGUCCGUGGCUGGUGGGAACGCAACGGCCUGAACCUAGGCGUCGGCACCCGUGAGUGGAUGAAGACGAAGGUUCUUUGA